GACACUGUGCCCACAAGGUGUUUGACGAAAUGGCUAAGAAGAGACAACGUAUACCAACUCCCGAAACUUCUCCAUCUCGUGAGGACUCUCACUCUCACAAGGACACGGAAAGUGAGGAAAGUGAGAAAAGUGGACCCAACACAAAUAAAGACGGAGAUGAGCCAUUGUAUUAAAUUGACCUCGAUCGAGAAAAUAUUCAAAAAGAGUAUGGAUAUCGGGAUUGGCAACAACGUAAAAGAGUACCUCACCAAUGUCAAUCUUUUGCAAUACACGGAAAUGCAAUAUCCGGCUUACCACCCCCUAACACUUGAAUUUAUUAGCACAACGAAGAUUGAAGACAAAAACAAACUUCUUACAUGUAGGAUGAUGGGGUGUAGGAUGAUGGGAAGAGAGAGCGGGGUGACACCCAAGAUGAUGAAAGAUGUUUUCGGGUUCACGUCCGUGGGCACUAAGAAAAAGCCCAUAGAUUAUCUCAAGAGGGCUCCAAUGGAUUGGAAGGUGAUUUCCGGGAGUGACAAAUUUACAUCAAAUGGGGCUCCUUUUUGUCUUGUGAAGGAUGUUGCUUUAGGCUUUUUCGGGAAUGUGCCAUGGAUAAAAAAAAUCAAUGCCACUGAAUUUAUUUGGGCAAGCUUAGCCGAAAUCCAAGCACAUGAACGGUAUCAUCCGUCGUUUGGGACUUUUAAGACGGCAUUGGCAAUGCACUUUCAAAUUUUAAAUCCGGUGAGGCUUAGGAUACAAAUGGUCACACGGGCAAAGAUUAUUGACAGGGAAGAGUUGACUCGUUGUGAAUUCAUUGAUAAGAAUUUUGCUCUUAUCCCCCACAAAAAGAGACCCAAAGUCGAGCGUUUCUUUAAAGGAAAUAUUGCAAAAGGGAAAUCGUUUGAUACGCAACAAAUUGGCGGGACCGAA